UUACAGCUUCAUCAAACCGCACGUAAACAGAAUGCCUUCGUACAGAUCGAUGCGUUUGUCAGUUUAGCUUCGUUGUUUUAAGAAUGUGAAACUGACUAAUUUACCUGAUAAACUGUGAGGCUUUCCUGCAGGAAGAGAAACGAUUUGUAGGUUUCAGUUGUUUUAAAACAUGGGCAGCUUCACACUUGUACAGAUGUGCAUCAGGAAAGUGGCUCUGAAUAUGGAUGUGCUGGAGAGACAAACUGGGGAUUUGCCAGCCUCACUUCUUCAAGACUUGAUGCCUCAUCUGAACAUAUACUACCUGGACAGGAUUGAAAAAGCUGCUCAUCUAAAAGGAGUCUCAUGUUCAUCUGCUUGGGCAGCAAAAUGGAGGGAUCUGAAUCGCACAUGGCGCUGGAAGUUAAAGUUUUUGCAGCCAGAGAAGGAGGACUGGAAACAGAUGUGCUUAGAGAGUUAUUUCCACAAGGUGCUUUUAAGAAAGUCACAAGCACACAGCUCCGCUCUUGACAUGACGGAUCUCUCUGUGGCAGCCAAGUAUGUGCAGGUUCUCUCUCUCUACACGCUGCAUGAUGUGCAGAAGUUAGCCUCAGAGGAACUACGUCUCAUCCUGGCCACUCUGGAGACGGUGGUGAGGACACUCAGGUUGAUUGACGCCAAGGUGUUGCUCAGACAUAGAAAGUCAGAGGUCCUUUUUGUUUUGCACCGUCUUCUCGACCACGGAUCAGUUAAAAAGCUAGUUCUGAAACGGACUCCGGAUUCACAUGUCUUCAGAUGGAUUAUGUCCAGAUGUAAAGGCUCUAGCUGGAAUGAUGAUGGUCCUGCAGCAUCCAAAUGUCCUCGGCUGCAUCUGCUCAUGGAAGAGAUAGAAUACAGCAAGUUCUGUCCCUCGUGUAGCGCUAAUGUGACAUGUCCCGAGGGACAGAUACACUCAGUGGACCUGGAGGUUUGUUUGACUGCAGCAUCUCGCCUCCUGCCUUCCUGGAUUGGUCUCCGAUCACUUCAUCUGAGUCCUACCCAGUUUGUUUGUAGGAAGGAAGUGGUCGACUUGGUGGAGUCUCUCAGAAAACUUUUCCUGAACCCACACUGUGCCCUCAAAGACUUGAGUUUUGGGAACAUGUAUAUUCAGCAAUAUAUAGCAAGCUUGCUAAUCUCCUGUCCCACACUGCACACCCUCUCACUGGAAAUCGGCCCACGGUGGGACUACAGCACCACAUCCAGUGUGCACUUCACAUCAAACAUACAACUCUCUCUUGAGAAACUCACCUUAAAGGCAGGUGAGAUCCAGACGACUCUAGAGUGUUUACCCACGGUGCUUCAACACGCUCCCAAUCUCAGCACUCUUCACAUCACAGGAAUACGUCAGGCUCACUCCUUCCUACACACGUUGCCAGAAUCCAAUCCAUCCCUGAAAGUGCUGCUGUUGGAAGACGUAAACCUGGCAGAAUGUCACAGUGAGAUUAUUUAUCUUCUAGAGAACUCCAUGUUGGAAGAGCUAUCCUUGAAAGACUGCAGGCUGUUGGAGAAAUGCACAGAGAAGAAAGACUUCCUGGUUCCUUUUGUAGCAGCUGCAAAGAAUCUUUGUUCCCUUCGCUCUCUUUCUCUGUCUCAGAAUCGACUCGCUUCAAGUGUCAUUCAGGUUGCAGAUCUGUUUUUAGAACAUCCUGGCAACAUAGUCAAAUUGGACCUCAGCUCAAACUUCAUCCUGCCUGCUGACCUGCUGGAGUUCAGCCAAAGGAUUGAAGCGCAUCAUCCUCUUUGCCGAUUCACACUGGACCUGCGCUUUAACCCUCUAAAUCGUGACCCCUUGGCCAAAGGUCAAGCUCUGAGGACACUGCGCCCGUUCUGUGAAGUUCUGACUGAUGAAUGGGACUUCAAAUUAGCCAUGGUAGAUCAUGUCAGUGUGAUGUGAAGAGACAUUUAAUGGUAUAUACACACACAGUACCAGGUGUGGAACCAUGUAAAAAAAAAAAAGGCAUCCAUAAAAAUGAAUUGUGUUGCUUACACCAUAGCUGUGGCCAGACAAACUAUAAUCUGCUUCCCCUAUAUAAAACAUACAAAGAUUUUUGUUAAAUUUCAUACACUGGUUGUCUGGUGAAUGCUAAGGAUUUAAGAGUUGAUAUCUGACCAUAUACCAACAUUUUAAAAACUGAAUUUAGAAUAUUUUUUUUAUACAUUCACUUUUAUAAAUUUAUAUUACUUUUGGAAUAAAUCCAAUAUUUCUACUG